UCAGUCAAUAAAUAAAAUAUCUGAAUUCAAGAAAUUAGAACAAAUUUUUUUAAUACACAAUGCUUAAUCACAUUAACGGUCUUAAAGCAUUUUUGCAAAGAUAUGUAGACUUUAUUGAGCAGCGCAAAUUAAAUAAAGAUCCUGCUGGAAAUGAGUUUCAGCUUAUUAAGCAACAAGCCCUUGAAGAUCGAAAAAAAAUUCCAUCAAUUGAAGGAGCAAAGGAAGUCAAUAAGCAUAAGAAUCGAUAUAAAGAUAUUUUACCAUACGACUAUUCAAGAGUUGUUCUGCCUUCUGAAGAUUCUAAAGAUGGCUCCGAUUAUAUAAAUGCAAACUUUAUAAAGGAUGGAAGCGGUAAUGUUUGUUAUAUCGCUGCUCAAGCUCCAAUGGCUACCACAGUAAAUGAUUUUUGGAGAAUGAUAUGGACAAAUGAUGUUAAACUGGUUAUAAUGGCAUGUAAAUUGAUUGAACUUGGGAAACCUCGAUGUGAACGAUAUUGGCCUGAUGAUGGACAAGAGUGCUGGUUUAAUGAUAUUAAAGUUACUUUAAAUGGAUCAAGAGAUUAUACAAAGACAUUGACACUGAGAGACCUGAAGUUACAAAGAAAUGGAAAAGAAAAAUAUCUUACUCAAAUGCAUUAUACUGAUUGGCCUGAUCACGGUGCUCCAGAAACUACUGAACCAAUUAUACAAUUGAUAAAUUUAGCUCGCAAAAAACACCCUGAUGAUAACCCCCCUAUUGUUGUUCAUUGCAGUGCGGGAUGCGGAAGGACUGGAGCUAUUAUUGCAAUUGACUACGCAAGGAAGUUGUUAAAUUUGAAGAAAGCGUAUGAAGUUGAUGUUUUAAGUAUUGUGUUGGAUCUUCGUAGACAACGACCAUCCAUGGUUCAAGCAAAAGAACAAUUGGAGUUUCUAUAUGAAGUUAUUCGUGAAUUGGUAUCAACAGAACUUAGUAAAUAUACUGAGCCAAAUGAAGAGGAAACUUCUAAUUAUGUUAAUAUAAAUUUUGUACAAAAGAAUGUAUCAGGCUCAAAGCAAAAUUUAAAAGCAGAAUCUCCCAGGUUGGCAGCCAAAGAGAGACAGCAAAUGACUGGUUUAAACAUUAAUCGUAAUAAGAGCUUAUAUAAUUCAAGACCCAAAAAAGAUAAUGAUCCCAAAGUUAUCCAUGAAGAAGUCACCCGUGGUUAUCAAGCAGAAAGCUGUUAUCAAGGAAACAGUAGAAAUCAAGAUAAGUUGUUAGAGCAAAUUAAACAACAACAUCAUAAUCAACAAAAUAAAGACAGUAAACCAUCCUAUAUGCAGCAAAUGUCUGUUGAUUCUUUGAUGCAGUUAAAAUCUAAUCAAUUAAAUUCUCAAGGUUUUAAUGAUGCUUACCUAAGAAACAAUACUGAAAAAGAAAAAGCAAAAACAACAGUCAUACCGCCCAACACACUUUUAAGUACAGCUGCAUCAAAACUUAAAGAUGCAGAAAUAAAUGACGAUGUUUUUCAAGUUUUAGAACCUACUUCAAAACCUUUUGAAGUUGUUGAAACCUCUGACAUUAUUUUUGAAAAAAUUGAAGCAACACGCCCUUAUGGGAAAUCAGAAGAAAAUUGUUUGGCAAUGAAGCCAGACAAUGUUCAGUCAGCAAAGUUAGAUACAAAUUAUCAGUCUGUGAGUUCAGGUAUAAAUAGUCAGGCAGUGAAAUCCCAACUUCCAUCGACAAAAUGUAUUUCUGAAAGUAAAAAUGGUAUUAAGGACAAUUAUGCAGUAAUUGAAAAGAACAAAGCCAACUCUUUUAGUAACACGCAACUCAAUAAUCCUUAUUCUUCACCACCAGGUGGCGUAAUUGUACCCUAUGCUAUAGUUGACAUUGAAGCAAAUCAUGUUGAGCAACCUCAGAAAACCUUAUCCAGUACUCGUAAGCUUACAAGUGAUUCUGCUCCACCUUUACCUGAAAGAACACCAGAAUCAUUUAUAAUUGUUGCUCCUACAAAUGAAAAAACUGAAGUCAAUUACCGACAAAAUAGCUGUAGAGAUAGGCGCAAACAUUUACCUGAUAUUUCUAAUGCAUUAAAUGAUCCAUAUGUUUUGCCACAAAACCUUUUAGAUAAUGUUUAUAGCCAACAAAACAGAGAUAAAUCUAAACAGGAUUAUUCAAAAGUGACAGAUGAUCCAUAUGUUUCACCACAAGACAUAUCAGUUUCUCCGACAUCUAAAAAUUGGAACUUAAAUAAGACAUUCAAUAAAAUUCUACCAAAUAACGCUAAAAAACCAUCAAAAACAGAUUCUGCACUAAUGUCAUUUGAUAAUUAUGGGUUCAACUCUCUGGCUUUUCCAAACCGAAUCAGCGCUAAACCAAAAGGAAUGGUUACACAGCCUUCUCACUGGAAAAAGUAUGAAGUCAAGUAUAUGGGAGGGAAGGAUUGAGUGAUGACACGUGAUGACAGAAAGCAAUAAAAAUACUGUAUUUGUUGAAUCUUCUAAACCGAUAAAAUAAAAAAAUGCAUUCAUAGUUAAGAUAAAACAAUUUUUAUCAGUGAUCAAAGUUUCUUGUGUAAAUAUCAAAAUUUUAAAAUCUUAAAUA